CGAAUUAACCACAAUUAAUAGCAAUGUGGCCCACACACCCUGCGUAAACCUUUCUCCCUCUUUUUUCUCACUGCUUUAAAUACCUUCCUCCAUCACCGACGACGCCAUAUCCGAUCAAAUCCAGUCCAUCGAGAGAAAAUCUAGCAGAAAGCUACUCAUACCCGGAGAUAUAGCAUGGCGGCAUCGUCGGCGAGGGUAGAUCUGGACGGAAAUACGAUAAAUCCCUUCACAAUAUGCAUGAUUGGUGCCGGUGGAUUCAUUGGCUCACACUUGUGCGAGAAAUUGUUGACGGAGACGCCGCACACUGUCUUGGCGGUGGACGUUUACAAUGACAAGAUCAAACACCUUCUAGAGGGGCCGGAUUCCCUUCCUUGGGCUGGUCGCAUCCAGUUCCACCGUCUCAACAUUAAGAAUGAUUCGCGCCUCGAAGGUCUUAUCAAGUGCUCCGAUCUGACAGUAAAUCUAGCCGCGAUCUGCACACCGGCGGACUACAAUACGCGUCCUCUUGACACGAUCUACAGUAAUUUCAUCGACGCUCUCCCUGUGGUCAAGUACUGUUCAGAGAAUAACAAGCGGCUCAUUCACUUCUCUACUUGUGAAGUAUACGGGAAAACCAUUGGUAGCUAUCUUCCCCAAGAUAGCCCCUUGCGACAGGAUCCUGCUUACUAUAUCCUUAAAGAAGAUACAUCCCCUUGCAUUUUUGGCCCAAUUGAGAAACAAAGGUGGUCUUAUGCAUGUGCAAAACAAUUGAUCGAGAGGCUAAUCUAUGCUGAGGGUGCUGAAAAUGGUCUUGAAUUCACCAUUGUUAGACCUUUCAACUGGAUCGGCCCUAGGAUGGAUUUCAUUCCAGGGAUUGAUGGUCCCAGUGAAGGUGUUCCCAGGGUUCUUGCUUGCUUUAGUAAUAAUCUUCUCAGACGUGAGCCUUUGAAGCUAGUCGAUGGUGGUGAAUCUCAAAGGACCUUUGUCUAUAUCAAGGAUGCCAUUGAAGCUGUUCUUUUAAUGAUUGAGAAUCCUGCUAGAGCUAAUGGUCAUAUCUUCAAUGUUGGGAACCCCAACAAUGAAGUUACAGUGAGGCAGCUUGCUGAAAUGAUGACUAAGGUGUAUUCAAAAGUAAGUGGUGAAGAUUCAAUAGAGACUCCCACUGUUGAUGUGAGUUCCAAAGAGUUUUAUGGUGAAGGCUAUGAUGAUAGUGACAAGAGAAUUCCAGACAUGACCAUUAUUAACAAACAAUUAGGUUGGGAUCCGAAGACAUCGCUUUGGGAUUUGCUGGAAUCGACACUUACCUAUCAACACAGGACAUAUGCGGAAGCAGUGAAGCAAUCCGUUGCAAAAGCAGUAGCUAGUUAAGACAGUUAGUGAUGUGUGCUUUUAAAACUCAGCUUUUCCUGUAUAAUGUUUUUAUGUGCUGUGAAUUGUCACCACCAAAAAAAAAAAUUGGGUUUUGCUUUUGCUACUUUUGCUUUUCUUUUAGUUUGUUGUCUUUCGGUAUUUCAUUAAAUGUCGUAUUUAGGUCUUGGACCAUGUCAUAAUUUAUUAAUUUAUUGUCACAUAAUAUAUUAAAAACACAAGCAUAUCAUAUUUUAAUUUUCU